AUGAGGGGACUGAGAGGGGGUCACAGGACUGAGGUAGUUGAGAGGGCAGAGAGGGUUGAGAGGGCUGAGGAGGCUCAGGGUGCUGAGGAAGCUCAGGGCGCUGAGGAGGUUCAAGGGGCUGAGGAGUUUCAGAACUCUGAGGAGGCUCAGAAGUCUGAAGAAGCUCAGGGAGCUGAGGAGGCUCAGGGGGCCGAGGAGGUUCAAGGGGCUCAGAAGUGUGAGGAGGCUCAGGAGGCUCAGAAGUGUGAGGAGGCUCAGAGGGCUGAGAAAUUUCAAGGAGCUGAGAAGGCUCAGGGGGCUGAGGAGGCUCAAGGGGCUCAGGAGGCUCAGAAGUCUGAGGAGGCUCAAAGGGCAGAGGAGGCUCAGGGGGCCGAGGAGGUUCAAGGGGCUCAGAAGUGUGAGGAGGCUCAGGAGGCUCAGAAGUGUGAGGAGGCUCAGAGGGCUGAGGAAUUUCAAGGAGCUGAGGAGGCUCAGGGGGCCGAGGAGGUUCAAGGGGCUCAGAAGUGUGAGGAGGCUCAGGAGGCUCAGAAGUGUGAGGAGGCUCAGAGGGCUGAGGAAUUUCAAGGAGCUGAGGAGGCUCAGGGGGCCGAGGAGGUUCAAGGGGCUCAGAAGUGUGAGGAGGCUCAGGAGGCUCAGAAGUGUGAGGAGGCUCAGAGGGCUGAGGAAUUUCAAGGAGCUGAGGAGGCUCAGGGGGCUGAGGACACUCAGCGCUCAUAG